AUGGCGGCUCACACAGGCUUUGUGAGCCAUGUUGUCAACUUCAACAUGGCUCUCUUGGCUUUGAUUGGAUUUUUGUUUUUAGCUCUUGCCUACGUUUUCGGGACCAUUGUUUACAACGUCUAUUUCCACCCAUUGUGCAAUUAUCCUGGCCCCAAGCUAUGGGCCGCCACAAGGAUACCUCUCGCCCGCAGCGCUCUUUCCGGCCAGUUGCAUCGCAAGAUUCUUCAGCUGCACCAGGAAUACGGUCCCGUCGUAAGGGUCGCCCCUGACGAGCUUGUCUUCAAUCACCCCGACUCCUUCAAAGAUAUACACGGUCACGUGAAGAAUAACACCGGCGAUCAUGGCAGAGAUCCCGUGUUCAUCCGGGGUAUGGAGCACGGCAUUAUCGGCGCCAACCGCGAGGAUCACACUCGUUUCCGCCGGGCCUUAUCACAUGGCUUCGCAGCACAGACAAUGCUGGAACAGCAGCCAAUCAUCAUAGCCUAUAUUGACCUCAUGAUUCAAAGGCUUCACGAAAACUGUGCUGGGGGAUCCAACGCUCUGGAUAUGGUCUCAUGGUACAACUGGACCACUUUCGACGUGAUCGGCGACUUGGCAUUCGGAGAGUCUUUCCAUUGUUUGGAAGAUGCAGACUACCAUCCAUGGGUCCAGCUAAUCUUCGACAGCGUGAAGGCGGGUUCUGUCGCCAUAACCAUGCGACGAUUCCCCUGGGCUGCGAAAAUCUUGAUGAAAUUUGUGCCGGCCGAACUCAUAAGAAAGCGCGCACAGCAUUUCGCAAUGACGGAGCAAAAAGUCAAGAAACGACUUGCAGCCAAGACCGAGCGACCGGACUUCAUGGAUUCCAUGUUGCGAAAGAGGGGCUCAGAGGCACUCACUUUCGACGAGUUGAAGGUCAAUUCGUCGACACUCAUCACUGCUGGUUCCGAGACUACCGCGACAGCGCUUUCGGCUAUGACGUACUACCUCUUGACAAACCCCAAUGCUCUGAAAAAGGCCAGUGACGAGAUUCGCAACACAUUUACAUCCGAAGCCGAUAUCGACAUGAUUAGCUCGCAGAAGCUUGUCUAUAUGCAUGCCGUGAUAAACGAGGCCUUAAGAAUGUACCCCCCGGCCCCGAGUGGAAUACCGCGCAGAGUGAAGAGCGACGGCGGUGUCUUCUUGGGCCAAUAUGUGCCUCCUGACACAAUUGUCCAUGUUUGGCAUUGGGCCAUGUAUCAUAGUCCUGCAAAUUUCGCUCUGCCUGAUUCGUUCAUCCCCGAGCGCUGGCUUGACGAUCCUCGCUUUGCAGGCGACAAGAAGGAAGCGCUUCAGCCUUUCACAGUGGGGCCGAGGAGUUGCAUUGGGAGAAACUUGGCUUACGGGGAAAUGCGUCUUAUUCUCGCAAGAGUUCUCUUCAACUUUGACUUGAGAUUAGCCGAUGAGAGCAGAGGAUGGGAUGAACAGAGUCAAGUGUACACGCUGUGGGAGAAGGGGCCUCUCAAGGUCUUCCUUACCCCCAGAAAAACGGCCUGA